GAAAAACAUUAUAAACAGAAGAAAAGACAAACGAUUCACAGAUUAAUAUUGCAAUAAUAAUGAAAUGAUACUGUCUAAAUUUAACACCACUAACUAUUUCUCCAAAUGCUCUAACUCUAACACCCUCAAAAUGUUCUCUUUUCAUAAGAGACUCUCCCUCACUACCUUGCACAAUUUUACCACUUACAAAAGAUACUUUCAUCCAAGAAACCAUCUCUUGUCUCAGAAUCUAAACAAGUUCUUUCAGGACUUUGAUUCAAAUCCUAUUCCAAUAGACGACACUGUUCUCGACAAUGACCAUGACUUUAUUCUUGAUCCUCUGUCCGAUAACCACAUUUCGCCGGUUCGCUUAAAGCCUUCUCUAUCAAAAAGUGCCCCCGAUUUACUAAAUACUAAAGGCUAUCCUACUGUUGAUGAUUUCAAUACGACCAACAACAAAAAUAAAAUCAAGUCUAGCAUCACAAACACCAACACUAGUAAAAACUAUGACAAAAAAUCAAAAGGCUUUAACAAAAAUAAACCAAAUAUCAACACCAUCAUCAAUAAAUCCUCCUUGACCCCAAUCCAAGUCAGCAUACCGCCAAUAAUUAAUCCAAACUCAAAAUAUACCUCUUAUUUCAAACAAAAUCCAAUUUCUCAUCAAAAUAUCCCAAUCAACAACCUUAACUCCCUCAAUAGUAUCUCUCAUUUCGAUUCUCUAAAUCACCUCAAUAAUAAUAAUAAUAAUAAUAAUAAUAAUAAUAAUAAUAAUUAUUAUAAUGGUGAUAAUAACGACAUCUUUGCUAACUGCGACAAUACAAACCAAUUCAAUAAAAAAUACAAGUUCUCCAAAUUGAACGAAAUUGAUACCACAAAUAACAAUAACUUCUCAUCUUUGAAAUUCGAUAUCAACAAGAACCCUCUUUUAAACCACCACAAAAUUGAAAUUCAAAACAAACUACUAAAAAAGAAUAACCGCCUAAAUGAAAAAACAAUCCUAAAAGAUUUCAAUGCUCAAAACAACACAAAGUUCGCUCAAUUACCUACCAUCAACCAAGUAGGCAUUCAAUACCUAUCAGAUAACUUAUACAACCAACUCUUUAAAAAAAACUCAUCCAAAAAAAACUCCUUCAAUAAUGACAAAAACUUCCUUUCAAACCAAAUUCUCAACGAAAAAAUUAAACUAUCCAAAAUGUACCUAAAAAGACACGACCUCCUAGAUAAAAAAACUCAGCUAUCAAAUCCAAUCGAUUUGUCUCUACCCAAACUAGCUGGUAAUUCUCUAGAUGAACACUUUUCUCGAAUCGGUUCCUACAUCUCUGACCCUUAUUUAUCUAAUGCCAAAUCCUUUCUAAAUUACACUCCUGACGACACCCUCAAAUCCCCCUUCUCUUUGCCACUCAAGCCAAAUAAUUGGCUCCUCAAAUCGGGUUGGUACAGAUAUACAAAUGAUACUCUAGAUAACCCAGAAAGUGUUCCCUAUCCUCUAGAAGACACCCUAAUCUUCGAUGUUGAAGUCAUGCACAAACUAUCCAGCUAUCCUGUAAUGGCCACUGCUUUAUCAUCCGACGCUUGGUACUGUUGGUUGUCUCCCUAUUUGACAAACGAAUCCUCAGAGAACAACCACUUGAUCCCAAUGAACACAAACGACCCUUACUUGAAAAAAUUAAUCAUUGGCCACAAUGUUUCCUACGAUCGUGCAAGAAUUAAAGAGGAAUAUGACAUUAACCCAUCAAAUACCUUUUUCUUAGAUACAAUGUCACUUCAUGUUGCUACUAGUGGAAUAUGCUCAAGACAAAGACCAAUUUGGAUCAAUUCAAAAAAAUCAAAACUAGAAGAACUAGAGAAAAAAAAACUGCAAUUAUCCCAAUCCUCAAACAAUUCAAGCGAACUACAGCUAUUUUCAGAUUUAUGCUCCUCCCAAGGUGUCAUCUUUGAAGACGAUAAUUUCCAAGGAGUUAAUGAUAAAGAUAACCCAUGGGUAGAAUUCUCUUCUCCAAACUCUCUAGCUCAAGUUGCCAAGCUACAUUGCAACAUUGACGUAAAUAAAGCUGAUAGAGAUUACUUUAAAACAACUGAAAAAACUGACAUUACCGGAAAUUUGCAAAAAUUAAUCAACUAUUGUGCCAACGAUGUCUUGACCACUUUCCAAGUCUAUAAAAAAGUUUUUCCUCAGUUUCUAGAUAUUUGUCCCCAUCCAAUUUCUUUCGGUGCUUUGGGCCAAUUGGGCCAAUGCUUUUUACCAACUAAAAAGAACGUCUGGGAAAACUACAUUCAAAGCUCAGAGUCUUUGUACAGAAAAAAUAAAAAUAGAAUUGAAACCAUUUUACAUGAAAAUGCUACAAAUCUAGCUGAGUCCCUAAAGGAUAAACCAGAAAUUUAUAAUAAUGAUCCUUGGUUAAAACAACUAGAUUGGACUAUUAAAGAAAUUAAAUAUAAAAAAAAUGGUGAAAUCUAUAAAAAUCAAAAGUUUCCUGGAUAUCCUGAAUGGUAUAGGAAAUUAUUUUCUUCUGCAACCUCACCCAUUUGUCUAACAAUUAAAACAAGAAUAAUUCCAUUUUUGCUCAAGUUGAAAUGGGAAGGUUAUCCUUUAGCAUGGACAGAAGAAUAUGGAUGGUUAUUCAAAGCUCCUGAAUCAUCUGCAAAAGACUUGAUUUCUAGAAAUUACUUGCAUAUUGAAAUUGAUCCAACUUAUGAAACAUUUGAAGUUUUAAACGAGCCUGGUUUUGUUUAUUUCAAAGUUCCUCAUGAAGGUGGUCCAGAUAAAAGAGUAACAAGCAUGACUUCAAAAAGUUUCUUGAAAAGCUUUGAAAAGGGAAUAUUAACAAGUGAAUUUGAAUACGCAAAAGAAGCACUCGAGUUAAACGUCAGCUCAAGUUAUUGGGUAUCAUCAAGAAGUAGAAUCAUGAAUCAAUUUGUAGUUUACCAGAACGAAAAUCAAAACAAAAACGAUGUUUCCUUGCAUUCUAACGCUACCAAUUUGGGAUCUCAUUAUGAGCAUACAAAUGACUUUGUUGUUAAUAUUGAUAACAGUGAAGUUGAAACUGAGGCCAAAAGCAUAACUGAUAAUAACAACGAUGACGAUAAAAUAGGUAUUAUAAUACCCAUGCUUCAAACAAUGGGAACCAUUACUAGAAGAGCAGUUGAAAACACUUGGUUAACUGCAUCAAACGCCAAAAAAACAAGAAUUGGUUCAGAGUUGAAAUCAAGAAUUCAAGCACCAUCUGGUUAUUGUUUUGUGGGUGCAGAUGUUGAUUCUGAAGAGUUAUGGAUUGCAAGUUUGCUUGGAGACUCUGUAUUUAAUUUACAUGGAGCUACCCCAAUCGGAUGGAUGACUUUGGAAGGUACUAAAAGCAAUGGAACUGAUCUUCAUUCUAAAACUGCAAAAAUAUUAGGAAUUUCUAGAAAUGAAGCUAAAGUUUUCAAUUAUGGUAGAAUUUAUGGAGCCGGGCUAAGGUUUACCAUGACACUAUUAAAGCAGUUCAACCCAAGUUUAUCAGAUGAUGAAUGCAGAAAUACUUGCGAAAAAUUAUUCUCUGAAACUAAAGGUUCAGUAGUUAAAAGAGGUUUAAAAAACCUUUUACCAAACAAAAAAUUAUGGAUUGGUGGAUCAGAAUCAGUUUUGUUUAAUAGAUUAGAAAACAUAGCAGAGCAAGAAUCUCCAAGGACUCCUGUGUUGGGAGCAGGGAUCACCCAAGCCUUAAUGAAAUCUAAUUUAAAAAAAAUGUUGUUUUUGCCAUCACGAAUUAAUUGGGCUAUUCAAUCAUCUGGAGUUGAUUAUUUACAUUUAUUGAUAUCCUCAAUGAAAUAUCUUAUUGAUGUGUAUAAUUUGAAAGCAAGGUUAUCACUAACAAUUCAUGAUGAAGUUAGAUAUUUAGUUGAAGAACAAGAUAAAUAUAGGGUUGCGAUGGCAUUGCAAAUAAGUAACAUCUGGACGAGAGCAUUAUUUUGUCAACAAAUUGGAAUUGACAAUAUACCUCAAUCUUGUGCAUUUUUCUCUGCAAUUGAUAUUGAUAAAGUUUUAAGAAAAGAGGUUAAUCUUGAUUGCAUCACACCCUCUAAUUCGGAACCAGUGCCUGAAGGAGAGUCGAUUGAUAUUGAACAAUUAUUGAAAAUAAAAGAUUCAUAUUUGAAAAAGACAUUUAAAAAAGUUGAUUUGUCCAAAUAUAGUUAUCAACCAAGAUCAAAAGUCAUUGAUUCAUUAACUCUGGGCGAUAAAUUAGAUUUAGGUGAUAUGAAUUUAAUCAAUAGUCAAAUAACUGGAGAUGUUAAUAAAGCGGAAUAUUAUCUAUCUGAAGCAUAUAAAGACAAGAGGACAAAAAAAUUUUACUACAAGAAUUUUUAAAUAGAUUUGUUUUUAGCAACUAUUAAAUUGUGCUAUAUGUAAUAUAUACUGUAAAUUUUUGGCUGAUAUAUAGCUGUAAUUAUUUUUUUUUUAUUUUUUUUUCGUUAUUUGUUCAUAAAUUAUAAUACAAUAGA